UUCCACUUGAUUUCAAAGUUGGGAAGAGUAGAGAAGAGUGUAGAAGCCCACUGUGGAGCUGUGCUUGCAGGAAGGUGGAAUUACGAAGGAACAGCACUGGUUACAGUUGGUGAAGAUGGCCAAGUGAAAAUCUGGUCUAAAAGUGGAAUGCUGAGAUCCACUUUAGCUCAGCAAGGAACACCAGUGUACUCUGUAGCCUGGGGACCUGAUUCUGAAAAAGUUCUCUACACUUCAGGGAAGCAGCUGAUUAUUAAACCUCUUCAGCCAAAUGCUAAAGUUUUGCAGUGGAAAGCCCACGAUGGACUGAUUUUAAAAACCGACUGGAACUCAGUUAAUGAUCUUAUUCUUUCUGCAGGUGAAGAUUGUAAAUAUAAGGUUUGGGACAGUUAUGGCCGUCUGCUGUACAGCUCACAGCCCCAGGACUAUCCUAUAACAUCCAUCGCCUGGGCUGUGGAUGGAGAAUUAUUUGCUGUGGGGUCUUUCCAUACUUUGCGUCUGUGUGAUAAAACUGGGUGGUCUUAUGCUUUAGAGAAACCGAACACUGGCAGCAUAUUUAGUAUCGCUUGGUCUAUUGAUGGCACUCAGCUGGCUGGAGCCUGUGGAAACGGACAUGUCAUUUUUGCCCAUGUUGUGGAACAACGCUGGGAGUGGAAGAACUUUGAAGUAACAUUAAUUAAGAGGAGAACCAUGGAGGUGCACAAUGUUAUUAACGAUGCAGUGGAUUUGUUGGAGUUCCGUGACAGGGUCAUUAAGGCCUCUCUGAACUACGGGCAUUUGGUCGUUUCAACUUCUCUUCAGUGUUAUGUGUUUUCUACAAAGAACUGGAAUACCCCCCUAAUCUUUGACCUGAAAGAAGGAACGGUCAGUUUGAUUCUACAAGCAGAAAGGCAUUUUCUUCUUGUCGAUGGUGGAGGACUUUAUUUAUAUUCAUAUGAAGGAAGAUUAAUUUCCUCUCCAAAAUUUCCAGGCAUGAGAACAGACAUUUUGAAUUCCCAGACAGUAUCUCUGAGUAAUGAUACUCUGGCAGUAAAAGACAAAGCUGAUGAAAAGGUUAUCUACAUAUUUGAAGCUUUAUCUGGAAAGCCAUUGGGUGAUGGAAAGCCCCUAACCCAUAAGACAGAAAUUGUGGAGAUUGCUUUGGACCAGAAGGGACUUACAAAUGAAAGAAAAAUAGCUUUUAUUGACAAGAACAGAGAUCUUUACAUUACUUCAGUUAAACGGUUUGGAGUAGAACAGAAGAUUGUCAAAAUAGGGACAAUGGUUCAAACUUUGGCUUGGAAUGACACAUCUAACAUUCUUUGUGGAAUUCAGGAUACCCAUCUUACAGUCUGGUACUACCCCAACACAGUCUAUGUGGAUAAAGAUCUUCUGCCAAAAACUCUGUAUGAAAAAGAUGUAAGUGAAUUUAGCAAAAAUCCCCAGAUUGUACAUUUUGUAGGAAAUCAGAUAACAAUUAGAAGAGCAGACGGUUCACUUGUUCACCUUAAUAUUUCACCUUAUCCUGCGAUUCUUCAUGAGUAUGCUAGUGGGUCUAAAUGGGAAGAUGCUGUCAGACUCUGUCGCUUUGUCAAGGACCAAACUCUGUGGGCAUGUUUAGCUGCUAUGGCGGUUGCCAGCAAGGGCAUGGCUACAGCAGAAAUCGCCUACGCAUCAAUUGGUGAGAUUGACAAAGUUCAGUAUAUCAGUUCCAUCAAAGAUCUUCCAUCAAAAGAGUCAAGGAUGGCUCAUAUACUGCUCUUCAGUGGGAACACCCAGGAAGCUGAAACCCUGCUUCUUCAAGCAGGCCUUGUUUACCAAGCUAUCCAAGUCAACAUAAAUCUUUACAAUUGGGAUAGGGCUCUAGAACUAGCAGUAAAGCACAAGACACAUGUUGACACAGUCCUGGCUUAUCGACAAAAGUUCCUAGAGGACUUUGGUAAAAAAGAAACAAACAAAAGAUUUUUGCAGUAUGCCGAAGGUCUGGAAGUUGAUUGGAAUAAAAUCAAAGCCAAAAUAGAGAUGGAAAUUGCUAAAGAAAGAGAACGAGCAGCAGCCAGUCCCACAGUGAGAGCCAGUGUAACUGUACAGCAAUAACUGUCCUUUGUAUCACCUUAGUAAGAGCUUCUUGAAUAUUUUGUACUGGCAUAUUUUGAUAAAUAUGGUUAAUAAAAAAAAAAAAAAAAAAAAAACAUUUUGCAGAGAACAGAAGUGAAAAUUGGUGUAGUUCUUGUUA